CGCGGGAAAACGAAAAUCCCCCCUUUCUCACCACCGCAAUUCUUUUUAGUAAAAGAAAAACACACACACACAAUUGUACUGUAUGUAUCAUCUGUCUCUAUAUACUCUCUAAUUAAUUAAUACUAUCAUUAUCAUAAGAUCUGAAAUGGGUAAACGAAAGAAAACCGCGGCUCACGAAGAAAACAUAGAACACGAAGAUGAACAACAACAACACCACGUCGGUGAAUCUUCCUCUUCCUCUUCGAACAAUAAGAGUUUGUACGAGAUUCUUGGGGUGGAAAGAACAGCAACUCAGCAAGAAAUAAAGAAGGCAUAUCAUAGGUUGGCAUUGAGGUUACAUCCUGAUAAGAAUCCUGGCGAUGAGGAUGCCAAAGAAAAAUUUCAGCAACUGCAGAAAGUUAUUUCAAUACUUGGUGAUGAAGAGAAACGGGCAGUUUAUGAUCAAACUGGCUGUGUCGAUGAUGCCGAUCUUGCCGGGGAUGUGGUUGAAAACCUAAAGGACUUCUUUCGGGCUAUGUAUAAAAAGGUUACGGAAACUGAUAUUGAAGAGUUUGAAUCAAAUUACAGAGGUUCAGAGUCUGAGAAAACUGAUUUGGUUGAUCUAUGCAAACAGUACAAAGGUCAUAUGAACAGGUUGUUCUGCUCGAUGCUAUGCUCGGAUCCAAAGCUUGAUUCACAUCGAUUCAAGGAUAUUCUUGAUGAGGCAAUAUCCGCUGGAGAAUUGAAGGCAACUAAAGCAUACCAGAAAUGGGCUAAGCAGGUCUCUGAAACAAAACCACCGACAAACCCAUUGCGUCGUAGUCGGAAACCAAAGAAAGAGUCGGAUGAUUUGUAUGCUAUAAUUUCAAAACGGCAAAGUGAGAGGAAGGGGCAGGUAGAUGCAAUGUUUUCGUCCCUGGUGAGUAAAUAUGGAGGGGGGGGCCCAUCUUCGGAACCUACUGAAGAAGAGUUUGAAGCAGCUAGAGAAAAACUAGAAAAACGUAAGACUUCAAAGAAGAAAUCCAAGGGAAAAUAAUCCCGCUGUAGUCCACAACAUUUCUAAUCUAACAUUCUAUAUGACGAGUCUUGUGGCAUUUGUAUCGUCUUAGACUUGUUUAAAUGUUUGUAAGUGGGGAUAUGUUUUGUUGCAUCUAUUCUUGUUCUGAUUUUCAAACUUCAAAUUUUAUCAAUUGUUGCACA